AUGGCUUCAGCGCAAGAAGAGGCCAACGCCCUCAAGGUGCAGGGCAACAAGGCCUUUGCCCAGCAUGACUGGCCUACGGCAAUCGGCUUCUACAACCAGGCUAUCGACAAGUACGACAAGGAACCUUCGUUCUUCUCCAACCGGGCUCAGGCUCAAAUCAAACUCGAGGCAUUCGGAUUCGCCGUCGCCGACGCUACUGCGGCCUUGGAAUUGGACCCGAACUACGUCAAGGCCGUGGUCAAGCGUGAACCCGGCAACCAAAAUGCGAAGCUUAAGCUGGCGGAUUGUGAGAAGCUCGUUCGUCGCAUAGAAUUCGAGAAGGCCAUCGAGGUUUCGGACCCACCAUCGGCGUUCGAGGGCUUGGAUAUCGAUGCUAUUAAGGUGGAGGAUGACUAUGAUGGUGUGCGCAUCGAGAAUGAGAUGACGCAGGAGUUCAUUGAUGAUAUGAUCCAACGGUUUAAGGAUGGCAAGAAGAUCCACCGCAAGUAUGUCUUCCAGAUCGUCAAGGCUGUGAAGGAUAUUGUCUACAAUGAACCGACUAUGGUGGAGAUUGGUGUCGAUGCGGGCAAGAAGUUGACGGUCUGUGGUGAUACUCAUGGCCAAUUCUUCGAUCUGUUGGAAAUCUUCCGCCGAAACGGCAGCCCCUCCGAUUCCCACGCCUAUCUCUUCAACGGUGACUUUGUCGACCGUGGCUCGUGGUCUUGCGAGAUUGCUUUGCUUCUCUACGCCUACAAGUGGUUGCGACCGAACGGGCUGUUCCUCAACCGUGGUAACCACGAGACGGAUGACAUGAACAAGGUCUACGGUUUUGAGGGCGAGUGCAAGGCCAAGUAUUCUGAGCGUGUCUUCAAGGUGUUCUCAGAGUCCUUCUCCGCCCUGCCUCUGGCUACCCUUAUUGGCGAGAAGUAUCUCGUCCUGCACGGUGGUCUCUUCUCAGAUGACAAGAUCACAUUGAACGAUAUCCGCAAACUGAACCGUCACAACCAACGGCAGCCCGGCCAACAGGGCUUGAUGAUGGAGAUGCUCUGGACCGACCCCCAGCCCCAGCCUGGUCGUGGACCUAGCAAGCGUGGUGUCGGCUUGCAGUUCGGUCCCGAUAUUACCAAGCGCUUCUGCGAGAACAACGGCCUCGACGCCAUUAUUCGAUCACACGAGGUCCGUAUGGAGGGCUACGAAGUUGAGCAUGAUGGCCGCUGUAUCACCGUUUUCUCGGCGCCCAAGUACUGUGAUUCUACGGAGAACAAGGGCGCUUAUAUCAACAUUGGCCCUGAUCUCAAGCUCAACUAUGAAGUCUUUGAGGCUGUGCCCCACCCUGAUAUUAAGCCUAUGGCCUACGCGCAGAACUCGAUCCUGUCGAUGAUGUGA